AUGGACAUUCAAAAUGCGAUACUUCUUGAGUUAGAUGGCGAAAAUUAUUUUAAAUCAGACAAACUAGCUGAAAAGCUUGGGGUUGAUCACCAAGUAGUUGUUGGAGGAAUAAAAAGUCUAGAGAACUACAGUGAAAUCAUAAAUUGUGAGGAUGUGGUGGAGGUUGUUUUACAAUUAACAGAAGAAGGGAAUGAAAUGUUAAACAAUGGUAGUCAUGAGUAUAGAGUGUACUGUGCAAUUCCGGAAUCAGGGAUACCACAGAGUGAUGUUUUGAAAAUAUUUCCCAAUGCUAAAAUAGGUAUUAGCAAAGCUCUUUCGUUAAAGUGGAUAACAUUAACUAAAAAUGAGACUGGUAUACCUUGUUUGCAUCGUUCGAUUCCAGAAGUAAAGGAUGAUGUUCAACAGUUAUUAUUAGAGAUAAAAGAAUCUAAACGUCCUCUCUCAGAUGAAGAAAAGUCUCAAUUGAAGAAACGAAAGCUAAUUUCUGAAUUAAAGCGCACAUCCUAUUUGGUACGAAAAGGUCCAUCAUUUACUAUGAAUAUUAGACCUGAUGAAACAGAUUUAUCAUCUGACAUGCUUAACAGUGGCGAAUGGCAAACAGCUCGAUUUAAAGCUUACAACUUUAAUGCUCUUGGUGCUGCUUUACCAUCUGGACAUCUUCAUCCUCUUCUACGUGUACGAUCGGAAUUCUGUAGGAUACUUUGUGAUAUGGGAUUUUCAGAAAUGCCUACAAACAAUUAUGUUGAAUGUAGUUUUUGGAAUUUCGACAGUCUUUUCCAACCACAACAACAUCCUGCUCGAGAUGCUCAUGAUACAUUUUUUCUUUCAGAUCCUGAAUUUACAAAUAUUAAUAAUACCGUUGAAGCAGAUUACAUUGAUAAAGUCAAGUCUGUGCAUAGUCAAGGUGCAUUCGGUAGUCGAGGUUAUCAAUCAGCAUGGUUAAUAAAAGAAGCAGAGAAAAAUUUAUUACGUACACAUACUACUGCAGUGAGUGCACGUAUGCUUUAUGCGCUAUCGAAAAAGAAUCCAUUUACUCCAGCGAAAUACUACAGUAUUGAUCGUGUAUUUCGUAAUGAAAAUUUGGAUGCUACUCAUCUAGCAGAAUUUCAUCAAGUUGAAGGUUUAAUUGCUGAUUUCGGUCUUAAUUUAGGCCAUUUAAAAGCGGUCAUUCGAACUUUCUUCGCUAAAUUGGGUUUGACACAACUGAGAUUUAAACCAGCCUAUAAUCCAUAUACUGAACCAAGUAUGGAAAUUUUUAGUUAUCAUCCUGGUCUUAAGAAAUGGGUAGAAAUUGGUAAUUCUGGUCUAUUUCGUCCAGAAAUGCUUAGACCUAUGGGAUUACCUGAAGGAUUAUCUGUUAUAGCUUGGGGAUUAUCAUUGGAACGUCCAACAAUGAUUCGUUAUGGUUAUAAAAAUAUUCCCUCGGAUCUCAUUGAUUGA